CAUUUAUCAUCACUUUUCUUCAUCUUCUCUUCAUUAUUACAAAUGACUCACAUCAUGAAUACUAACUCAUUCGAUAAUUCUAUGCAUCAAUCGUACAAUGAAAAGCAUCAAUUAUUUAAACCACAACAGUACAAAAAGGUGCAACAACAGCCGUCGCAAGAAUUACCUCCAACACCUUCUUCUUCUGCCUUGUCAUUUUUAGUGACGGAUCAAAGAUCUUUUGAAGAGGAAGAUGACGGAGGUCGUUUACCGUUAAACACCGCUAUCAACACAACUCGUCCAAACUCUUCGGCUGCUAACUAUGGUUCCUUAUCUUCAGAUUUUACAUAUUUUCAAACUGCAUCACCAAGUACAAUGUCUUCGCCUGCUGCAUCUACUAUAAGCCCAAAUGAUGAUGAUGAGGGCCUUUAUUUAUUAUGGACACAUCAAUUAUUGAGAGAAAGAGGCUAUAAACCAAGCUCUUGCAAGCUAAAUGGAGAUGAAGAUGAAGAAAACGAUGAUUGCUACAGUAUAGAUAGCAGUAUCACCGACUUAUCAGUGGAUCAGCAACAAACACUUACUUCAUCAAACAACAGCAAUAGACAUUUAAACAGUAAUUUUUCUGCCUCAUACCCAACUUGGCUUUCAUCAUGUUUUCCUAUGUGUUGAACCACGUUGUCCUAGGAAUUUCUACCGAUAUUCAUCUACAUAUCCUUUCUUUUUACCUAUACCGUCUGAUACUACAUAAUGAUAAUAAAAUACAAACUUGAUCUACACACACACAUAUAUAUAUACAUAUAUAUAUAUAUAAAUUUAUACAUAAAACAUUAUCAAAUCGCAGAUGAUGACACCUCAUGACUUUAUAGGUACACUGUAUUUUUUUCCCUCC